AUGGCCGCCGCAACAUUCUUCACUGCCCUUGCCGGCGUCGUUGCUGUCAUCGGCCUAGCUAUCUUCCUUUUCGGCAUUCCCCCAGAGCUCAAGCGCAAGAUGGAACGCACUGCCCUCAAGACAAUGGGCGAGAACAAGCUGUCCUACGUCGCCAAAGACCAGAUCAACAAGCUCCCCACCUCCGACCAAACCGACCCUCUCCAGCUGAAGAAGGGCAUCAGCAAUCUCGCUGGCGGCGCAGCCCAGAACCCGCUCGGCGAAGCAACAGGCGAGGCUGCGGACAGCCUGACAAGCCCGUUCACAGGUCGCUAA